ACCCCCUAAAAAAGAAGGGUAUAAAAUGAAGGUUUUUAAUUAAUAGAGCUCAACUGAAAACAAUAGAACCCUAGGUUUCCCAAAAUUUCCUUCUCCUUUCUCUCUUUGUUUUGGUGUCGUCUGCGUCAAUUUUCUUCCUCCUCAGAUAAUGGAUGAUAAGGUUGUUACUAUGGAUGAUCAAAUUGUAUCAGAGCUUACAAUCCCAGAAAAUGUCGCCAAAGAAUUAUUACUUGUGUCAAACUCAUCUUCUUUAGAAACGGCACUCGACAAGCUGAUACAACUUUCCAAGGAGGGGGGUGGACGGUUAGAUCUGUCGUCCAAGAAUGUUGUCACCACUGUCCUCCAUCUCUGCCAGUCUCUGUCAUCUAUCUCUUACCGUAACCUCCUUUUAUUGUCUCUUAAGGUACUCAGAAAUCUGUGUGCUGGGGAGAUAAGAAAUCAGAAUGGCUUUCUUCAACAAAGAGGAGUUGAAAUUGUCUUGGAUGUUAUUAUGUCUGUAGGACUUUCUCCUGAUCCUGAUUGUAUGAUUAUUCGAGUGGGGCUGCAACUUCUAGGAAACUACUCAGUGGGUGGAGGAGAACGUCAAUGUGAUGUGUGGUACCAAUUGUUUCCUCAUAAGUUCUUGAAGAUUGCUAGAGUUAGAAACCAGGAAAUAUGUGAUCCUUUAUGUAUGGUCAUUUACACUUGCUGUGAUGGUACGGAUGGACUGCUUACCGAUUUAUGUUCAGAGCAAGGGUUGCCCAUUCUGUUUGAAAUUUUGCGUACUGCAUCAGCCGUUGGUCUUAAAGAAGUUUGGUUGAAGUUGUUACUCUCAAAACUUUGCAUUGAGGGCUCCCACAUCUCAUCAAUUUUCUUCAAAUUACAUUCAUAUCCUUCCGUUGAGGACAAUGGUGUUGUUACACAUGUAGCUGAUCAGUUUGUUAUUGAGCAGCCUUAUCUCUUGAGUAUACUUUCAGAAAUCUUAAAUGAACGAGUAGAGCAUAUUGUUGUUUCUCAUGAUUUUGCUCGAAGUAUCUUUGGGAUAUUGAAGAGUGCUUCUGGGGUUGUUGAUUUUUCAAUAAGAGGGAAAAGUGAUCUUCCAGUGGGGUCUGCUCCUAUUGAUGUUCUAGGAUACUCUCUCACCCUCAUGAGAGAUAUUUGCGCUUCUGAUCACUUAUCAAGCUCUAAGGAAGAAAGUUCAAAGGAUGUUGUGGACGUACUUGUUUCCUCUGGGCUUAUUGAAUUUCUUUUGAACUUGCUUCGGGAUCUUGAACCUCCAACGACAAUUAGGAACGCAAUGAAGCCGGAUCAGAUCAAGGAGGGGACAAUACCUUCUUCAUUUAGGUGUUGUCCAUACCAAGGUUUCCGGAGAGAUAUUGUUGCCAUCCUUGGAAAUUGUGCUUAUAGGAGAAGGCAUGUCCAAGAUGAGAUUAGGGAUAAAAAUGGGAUCCUUUUACUGCUACAACAGUGUGUUAUAGAUGAAGAUAAUCCUUUCUUAAGGGAGUGGGGAAUCUGGUGUGUGCGAAACCUAUUGGAAGGGAAUGCAGAAAACCAAGGGGCUAUUACUGAUUUGGAGCUUCAAGGAACCGUAGAUGUUCCAGAACUUGUUAGACUUGGGCUUCGAGUAGAAGUUGAUCCCGUAACUCGACGCACAAAGCUUGUGAAUUCCUCAUGAUAUGUCAAGUGAUGAAAGUUAAAAAUUGCAACUUCUGGAGUUGACAAACUGAUUGUUCAGGAAACUUGUUUCUUGGUCUGCUUAAGAUUGAUUCACAUGUUCUGGAAUGUCCAUAAGAGGCUAGAGGUGGGACUCAAGAAGUACACUUCCUGCCUUUUACACCUGUCAACAAGCACACAACUAUUACUUUCAUAGAAUUGAUGGCAAUUGACAUAGGUUUAGCAAAGGGUGACUUGAAGAGAUGAGCCAUAGCUUGAAAGUCACAAGAUUUCUUACUACAAGAAUGAGUACAUACAUUACAGACAAUAAAACAGAUGGAUUUUGAUACCAAGGAAUGAAGAGAGUGUUGAAGUCAUGGACGCUCAGAGUACAUUACAAUUUACAAACCUAUAAUUUCUUCUUUUUGAAAAAUUGAAAACUUAAGUGGUAUAAAUAAAGGCCACUGUAAUUUAUUUCUGAAAUAGCUUUAAUAGAAAAGCUGUUGUGUAUUUGUCUUAGGGUUCUUUUUUGUGUCAGCCAACCAAUGUCUCUCCCUCCACAUGUUAUUAUUUUCCACCUUUUUUUUCACCUUUCUCUGAAGAAACUGUGAUGGGGUCACUUCAGUCAUUACACAAGUGCAAAGUCAGGUAUCUAAUAGCCAGCCUGGAAUUUGAGAAGUAUCUCAAAAGAAUUCCAACAAGUAGCCUAGUGUUCAGUAAAAAUCUUGUCUUUAUUUACAAUUUUUUUUUUAAUCUUUCAGAAAACUUUCUAUUUAUUUCGCACAUUAAAUUAGGGUUGUUUAGUUUAUUAUGAUGUAGGGAUUUAAUCAAAAUAUGAUCAUACUGUAAACAGUAAUGAAGUAAUUAUUAUGUGAGGAAUACUGAUAUGUACACAAA